GUGGUGCCAUCUGCUGAGCAGACGCUGAAAACGCAGCCUCGCCAUCGUUCAAUUUAAAGCGACAGUACCUCAUUUGUCAUCAUGCGAACUAUUGGACCCUUCCUGGUUGUACACAUCGGUUCCUUUUCAUAUUUAUUCUAUGUGGGACACAAAUAAUUGGACUUUACCGAGCGAUAAUUGAUAUCCGCGUGCUGAGAGCUAUAUAAAGUCGCUAAAAGGGUCAAUUAUAGCUUAUUUCUGUCUUAUUUUCGAACUGUUAGCUUUCCUCGUUUAAAGGAAACUAAACCAGUGUGACCAGUUCCAAAAAAAAAAUUGGGAUGAAAACACGUAUUAUUAUCAUGAGUAAUAUUAUCUGUUGACACGGGAUCUGUUUACAGGAGGACGAAUAAUCGUUUUUUUCGCCACAAGGGAGAGACGACUUCUUGGACUGAGAACGUGACAGGAAGUGGCUCCGUGGAUUUCCUGUGUCCUUAUCGCAUCGCAACCACAGGAAGAGGAUGAAGAUGGAGAGAGAGGACAAGAGCGAGCGAUUUGUGUGCUCGGCGAAGGAGGAAGGAACAAGAAGUGGAGCUGAGGAGGAGCAAACUUCUCCAGAAAUCAGGCGGCGGGCCCGUGAGCCCCCACUCACUCGGCAGCGAUCAUGGCAGCCGUCAGGGUUCUGCUUUUUCUUCUGGCCUUACUGCUGAGCGCUCGGGGCGACGUGAGGGCCCGAGACCCGGAGGUGGAGCGGGAGGAGGACGAGGCGGAGGAUUGGGGGGAGGCGGCGGGCGUCGUCAGUGCCACCGAGGAGACCCCCCUGAUGCAGGAUGGAGGCAACUACCCGGCCCGAAGUGGGAACUGGUGUGCGUUUGUGCAGAAGCGUAUGGUCACCACGGCGGUGGCGUGCGGGACGGAAAAAUACACCAUCAAGUCCCAAAGUCCGUGUCCGAGCGGAACGCCAGACUGCCAUUUGGUCAUGUACAAGCUGUCCACUCGGCCGCUCUACAGGCAGAAGCAGAAGGUGACCGCGGCUCUGUUGUGGAGAUGUUGUCCAGGACACGGAGGAUACAACUGUGACGACACAGUCGCUGAUACACAGACCGACUCUGAAAGCUCAUCUCUGAUUGGAGGAUCUAAAGUCCAGAGAGCGCCUGGAAGUCUCCACACUGCUGGCGGAUUGCCCCAGCAACAGCACAGCGAUCCAGACAGAGAGCAGAACGACCACCAGGGGUCAGUCAACACGCUGCACAAUGUCAGCCGAGUACAAAGUCAGGAGGACCGUGCUCAGCAUCAAGACCGUGUUCAGGAUCCUGUCCGUGGACCAAGUCAGGACCGCGCCCAGUAUCCCAUCCAUGUACCGCAUCAGGGCAAUGUCCGCUAUCCCGUCCGUGUCCAGGAUCAGGAGCACGUCCAGCACCCCGCCCGAAAACACGAGCAGGAGGAGCGCCUGCAUCCCUGGUCACGUCCCGCCUUCCUCUGUAUAAGCGGCGUGUCGGCAGGAAACGCUCCCAGUCGAGUCGGUGAAUCAACGUGUCGUUGUUGUUGUUGGGUUCGAGGGGCGUACGAGGACGCGGCGGCGGCGGCGGCGGCGGAGUCUGUUUCCCCGCAGGCCGCCCCCCCGGCGGCGCUGCCUCUUCCCCACAUGGUGGCGCUGCUGAUGUCUCAGCUGCAGCCGGCCCUGCGGCACUUCAACCGCUCGCUGGAGCGGCUCGGGCGGCAGGUGGGCCAUCUGGCGCGGGACGUGGCGCGGCUGGAGGGCGACGAAAGCGUCCGGCGGCGGCUGGAGAGCGAGCUGCACUCCCAGCGUGCAAUGCUGCACUACAACAUCAGCAACCUCAAGACCGACCUCGACCUCAAGAUCAAACGACACAACAAGAUGCUGCACGCGAGCCUGCAGGCCAUGAACGCCGGCCUGGCGGACAUCGAGCUGGAGCAGGAGCAGGAGCAGGAACGGGAAGAAGAAGAGCGACAGGGAGCGGGAGCGGGCCCGCCCCCGGAAGGAGGCGCGCCCACGAUGUCACAGACCUCCUCCUCCUCCUCCGCCGCCGUGUGGGAGGCCAUCGAGCGUCUGGACAACGCGGUGGUCAACAACAGCAUCAAGGUGGACGAGCUGGCGGAGGACCUGGCGGCGACGUCGAGCGGCGUCCGGCAGCUGCGGCGCGACGCCGAGGCGCUGGGCGAGCGCGUCGACCGGACGGCGCGCUCCGGCCGGGUCCAGUUCAUGGAGACGGGCCUGGAGGUGGAGGCGGCCAAGGUGGCCGCGCUGGAGCGGGUGGAGCAGCUGGCGGGCAACCUGAGCCGGCAGGGGCAGCGGCUCCACGAGAUGGACGUGGACGUCGACUACCUCUACGCCGUCCUCUACAAGAACAACUCGUCCGAGUGCGACUGCCGGCGUCUCGACGAGGCGCUGGCCCGGCUGCAGAUGGGCGUGGUCAACGCCACGGAGCUGGCCAAUGAGAACCGCCUGGCCUCGGAGGCGGCCGCCCGGGCGCUGCGCGAAAGCCUGCGGCAGGCGAAGGAGUCGAUGACGUCAGAGCACAACAGGACGACGGCUUUGGAGUCGUCCGUGCGGCGUCUGAGCGUCCUGGUGCGGGAGGUCCGGGCUCGGGCGGAGGCCCGGGCGGGCUCGGAGGAAACGGAGCGCGUGCUGGCGGAGAUGAAGCGUCUGUCGGCGUCGUUCAACUCGCUGCUGAAGGACGCCAUCCGCCACAGCGACGUUCUGGAGAUCCUGCUGGGCGAGGAGGUCCUGGAGUUCCUGGAGUGGCCCGUGCAGGACCAGGAGGCCCACUCCAUCCCGGCCCUCAAGGAGCACCUGAGGAUCCUCCAGCGGACGCUCGGCGGACGCAACCUGAGCCUCGCGGCCGACGAGCCAGGAGACACGGAGGAGGCCCCCCCGGCGGACGAGCCGUCGCCGGGCGGCGCGACCAGGAACGACGGCGGAGGAGGACCGUCCGCGGAUCGCCCGCGGCGGACCGGAGGAGACGGCGGCGACCUGUGGAAGUCGGAGAGGAGCGUGGAGGAGCUGAAGAUGAAGCUGCGGCAGAUGGAGGAGGCCGUCGCCGACGAGGAGCGGCAGCAGCAGCAGGAGGAGGAGGUGUCGGCGCUGCGGACGGAGGUGGCGCGGCUCGAGCGAGGCCUAGAGGAACACCUCAGGACCUUCAAGAACGUCUUCAGCAACGCCGACGUGCUGGAGAGAAGCCGCGCCGCGCUGGAGCUCGACAAGCUCCAGCGGAUGCUCGCCACCAAGGAGGAGAAGAAGAGAGGAGGAGGAGGAGGAGGAGGACAACGUCGCAGCAGGAGGCAGGCGCCGGACGUUCCCGCCACGCUCGACCGAUCGGCGUCCUCGACGUCGCCGCGGGCCGUCGCUCGGAGCGCCGGGCUGAGGCUGCGGGAGGGGGAGGAGCUAAGGCUGGAGCCGCGAGACGACGCGGUGCUGCCGCCCCGGGACACCUGAGGGCGCUGCGAGCAGGGAAAGACUCUGACCGAGAGCCCCCAAAAACAGAGGACGAGCGAUGGACACAAAAGUUGGACAAGUCCCAAACGUC